AUGUCGAUGUCUACAAUUACUUUUCAGGAUUAUCAAGAAACUGGUAGGAUGGCCAGCAGAAGUAAAGGUAAUCGUAUUAGACCAUAUCGACGGCUUUGUCAAGAGAAAUUCGCUUGCAGCGGCGACCCCGCUGUGUAUGAAUGUGAUGAGUGUGGAACAUUACAAUGCGAUCAUUGCGAAAAGAACCUGCAUCAGCUACCUAAAUUUCUAUUCCACGAUCGCCAAAAAUUAAUUCAUGAACAGGAACAGAAAAUGUGUGGUGUGUUCUGCAAUCCCCCGAACGAUGCUGUAAUAAGGUGUGAAGAGUGUGACAUUUUUAUGUGUGCAGAUUGCGACGCCAAAUUACAUUCUAAAGGGAAAAAGAGAACCCAUGAAAGAAAAAUAAUACAGUUGACCCUUAGCGAGCAAAGUUCACGGCCUGCAUCACAACCAAAAAUAGCAACACCAAAGCAAGAGCAUCCAGAUAACAAUGAUGACUUUAAGUCUGCUGAUUUUAUAACAUGUCAUUUCAGUAUUAAUAAAUCUCCCCCUGCUAAGCCCUCAUCACCUGCUCAAUCUAAAACUAGUCCUAUUGCCAUUCCCGGAAAAGCAGCCAUAAUCACUCCAUUAGAUAUCAGUCAUCCUCAUACUGCAGUUGCCAUGGUAACACCGCAUCCAUCAGAAGAGAAAAUAAAGAAGGAAGAACCAUCUCCCACCCUUCCUGCAACUCUUGAAUUGGCCGGUCCUCAGCUGCAAAAAGGGAUCGAAGAAGCAAAUUUUGAUGAGAUGCAAGGAAAGAAUGGUAUGGAUGUGAUGGGUGAAGGCAGCAUGGCUUCUUCGCCUAAGGAUGAUGUAAAAGAGUUUGGAAAAGCCAAAAUGGAUCUCAAAGGAUUUUUGUUGGUUGAUGACACUGAAAAAUUACAGGUAACAUCAGCUGAAGAUUUCAUUACCAGACUAAACUGCAGAGAUGAUGAUACUGUGAAAGUUGUGUCUAUAUUUGGUAAUACUGGAGAUGGGAAAUCCCAUACUUUGAAUCAUGCAUUUUACAAGGGUCAAGAAGUGUUUCACACCUCAGCAUCUCAAGACUCAUGUACUAUUGGUGUCUGGGCAGCAUUUGACUCUUCACAAAAUGUCAUCACUCUAGAUACUGAGGGAUUAUUAGGUGUAUCACCAAAUGAGAACCAAAGAACCAGGCUUCUCCUGAAAGUAUUGGCAAUAUCUGAUAUUAUCAUAUAUCGCACAUGUGCUGACAGAUUACACAGUGAUCUGUUUAGGUUUUUAGGUGAUGCAUCCCAUGCCUAUAGUAAACAUUUUGCUGAUGCUUUGAAAGCUGCUUCUGAUAGAUGGAAAAUGGAAGUACCUUUGCAAACUUUGGGACCAGCUGUUAUUGUUUUCCAUGAAACGAAGCACACAGAUCCAUUAGGAAUUGGCAACAAAACACCAGUAAUGUUACUCAAAGAACGAUUCAAGACUUCAGGUCUCAAUAUUGAUGCAUUCAGUUCACUACAUUAUGUUGGUAUAAAAACCACCCAGGAAUCUGUUUUCACAACUUUACAACAAAUUAUUAAGCAAAAUAUUGAUGACAAGUCAGUUCGUUCUCCAAGAUCACCAGCCAUCAUCUAUCAAACACUAAAGGUGUUAAAUAACAAAUUUAAUGAGAAAAUUCAAAAUAUCAUUCCUGAUACAUUUCCUGAUGAAUACUUCUCUUGCUCUUCCAAAUGCUUGUCAUGUGGAGAGCGCUGUGUUAGAAGCAUGAAUCACAUUAAAGACAAUCUAAGCCAUGACUGUAAAGGACGAUGUAAAUACCAACACCAGUAUGAAAAUAAAGUCUACACAUGUAAGAAGUGUUAUGAGGGAGGGGAUGAGGUCAUAGUUGUGCCUAAGACAUCAGCCUCUGUAGACACGUCAUGGAUGGGACUUGCCAAGUAUGCAUGGUCUGGCUAUGUCUUAGAAUGUCCAAAAUGUGGCAUUAUCUAUCGCAGUCGUCAGUAUUGGUAUGGAAACAGAGAUCCUGUAGAAACAGUAGUUAGAACUGAAAUACGACAUGUAUGGCCUGGAGGUAAUCCAGUACUACAGGGUACACACAAUGCAGCUAGAAAACUCUUAGACGGUAUCAGUCACGUCGCUGGAACUGUGGGUUACAUGAGUGCCACGCCCACCAAGAUGCUCAGUGAUUGGAUGACAGAUCAAAUUGCACCAGCUUAUUGGAUACCGAAUAGCCAAAUCCAUCAAUGUGCUGGAUGUCAACAUAAGUUUGCUGUCACUGAUACUAAACAUCAUUGCCGUGCCUGUGGUCAAGGAUUCUGUGAUGAUUGUACUACAAAUACGGCUCCUGUCCCAGAGAGAGGUUGGGGUGAGACCCCAGUUAGAGUAUGUGAUGAAUGUUACAAUACAAUAUGCUGUGAUGAUAAUGAGAGCACAAUUGUUGGAGAUCCGGAAAGUCAUCCGGUAACUGCCAGGAAAGUAGGCGAAGUAAUUGGAAGCACAUUUAGUCUGGUGGCUACGGCUAUUGAGUAUCCUAAAGGUUUGGUCAUUGACGCAGCUAGACCAACAUACUGGAGAGCAGAUUGUGAAAUUGAACAGUGCUGUUGCUGUAAAGAGAAGUUUGGUCCUAAACUGGUGAUCCAUCAUUGUCGUGCAUGUGGAGAUGGCGUCUGUGAAUUGUGUUCUUCUGCACGUAAAGCCGUCCCAUCCAGAGGAUGGGACCACCCUGUCAGGGUUUGUAAAGAAUGCUAUGAGAAAGACGAUUUGUAG